GUUGACCCGAUGUACGCUCAUCAGCUGGCGAUGUAUGCCAGCGGGUUCCAAUCUCCAAUGGUCGUGCCCAAUAUGGGGCAGAUGGGUUCUCCCCCUCCUACUCUACCUGUUGCUGCUGCUGCCGCUGCUAGUAGUAGUAAUAUGGAAACGGAGCAGGGUCGAAGGAGCAUGGGUGCUCCCAUACCGGAAGGCUGUUGGAC